AGCAUCUAUCAUCUAUCUACUAGUACAUGUAUGGCGAGAGCGUGUUGCCUACACCAAAAAAACUGAAAGGAGCCAUCGGCACACAACGCUGCUACUAGCUAGACUAGCUAGUAAAGUCUUCGAAAGGAGAUCUGCCCUCAAGCCAAAGAAUCGCAAAGUGAAGAUGAUGGUGAGAAGCCAACCUGGUGAUCUUACCAUGCAUGGACGAGCCCACCUGGUUGCAGGAGCAGUGGAUGCCCCAACCGAGCAUGAUCCUGUGAGAGAAGAGUAUGACUGCUGCGUAGAAGAAGAAUAUGAUGAUUGCUCUUCUACCAUGAGAACGGAAGAUGAAGAUACUGCGGAAAGCGAUUGCGACUGCGAAAGCCUGCUAGAAGACGAUGAUGAGAUGACAGAGCGAGUCGACUCAUCCAUGGACUUGGAAGGGCAAGAACGUCAGUGGGCCUUGGCAAUCAAAGCAGCGGUAGAAGCUUCCAGCGAACUCGACAACCUAACCGAUAUGGAGUAUGGGCAACACGCCAUCAUCGCCCAAGGAAACCUCGCGAAGGCUUUGAAGCGAAUCGAGGGGCUCCAAUGGUGCCGCAAAGAAUUCGGCAUCGAUAACACUGCGGACCAGGGCUAUUACUUUCUGGAAGAGACGAGCAAGUUGCACAUGGGUUCCCUCCUGACCAUUGAUACGUGUCCAAUAACCGGAGAGGGUAUCCUGGGGUGGGAUCUAGGAGCCUGCUUCCCUCAAGUUGCCUUUGAGUGCCACCCAAACGAUACCGUGAUGGAGAGGAACUGGAAGAUCCAUGCGGGCGGGUGCUACUAUGUCUUACACGCUGUCCAGCCCUCAUUUGCAGCGAUUCGGGAAGGAACUUUCUGUCUUGUAGAUGGACACAACAUGUCCUGGGGCAACAUCUCCAUGAUGUACCAACGCAGACUCCACGAUGAAGUAUGGACGCACUAUCCGUUUAAGGUCAAAAAGAUCAUGGAAUACAACACAAACAGUAUCGCUGCUGCCUUUUGGUCCCUCAUGAAACCCUUGAUACCCAAGUGCAUCCGAAAUGUUAUGGAAUUGGGUUGUCAGGUGGAAUUUGUGGACUCCAAGGCAGCACCACGAACGCUGCGGGAGCUGUACCUACAGCCAUCCGUGGAAGAAUCCACAUUCCACAUGCUCAAGAGAGCACAUCAACUUUUGACAUUGCGUGCCCGAAACGAGGCGUCCUUUCGUCUCUAAUAAUACACACUGGAUGUAUGCCCGAAUAGGACUUGUAGUCCGUGUCGGUAGGAUUGGAAGUCUUAACCCCCUGGAUCCCUUUACUACCGCAACUCAAGCUACUCCCACAAACCUAGCAGCAACCGCAGCAGCCUGUACGCCUACAUGUAUAACAUUAUGAAACAUCGGUUUUGAACCGACAAGCGUGCGAAGAAGCAGUGCAGAGCUUAGGAAGCUUUCAAGGAUAACCAUAUUUGUUUGUACCGGUACUAAGCAUCCCCGUUCAGUGUAAUCUCACUGGCACCAUCAACGUCCUUUCAGGAGCACAGUAUCGUCCGGAUUCUAACCUUUGUGGCAAUCCAUCACCGAACCUCCAGCACCUCCAGGUACUAGUACUGUAAAACAGU